CGUCUUCGCUGCUGCUCUUCGCUUGCUUGCAUCGCCUUCCAUGAGCACGCUGCCGUCUGUCCGCCGAGGACUGGGCUCAUUGCCGCUUCGCACUCUGCUCCGCUACGACCGCUGUUCCCUUAGAUCAUAACAGAAUAUGGAUUCUCAACGCCGCGAGCGCGCUCGCGAACUCGAACGCAAAUAUCAGGCACGCAAAGGCCAUGUUCCGCAAAUCUCGAUAAGCGACGACUCUCACCACGUCACCGAAGCGAUAGGAGACAUGUAUGGACGCGAUCGAUCCGACUCCGACCCAAAGCGCCAUUCGCGACCUCUGAGCUUCAUCAGUUCAACCCAAGUCGAAGGAGCGGAGAACUUCCAUACCUUCGGUUUUGAGCAGCAAAGAAAUCCUCAAGAUGACAGCCAACCAUCAUCUUCGAAACAGGAAUCCUGGUUCCCCCCAGCAUCUGGAGGAUCAUCAUCUGAUAAGCAGGGAAGGACACCAUUAGGAAGAACGACUUCGAACGAACGCACACCCACAUCCCCGACGAACCCAAACCAUGGAUCGGAAGAAUACCAUAUACCGCCUCGGAGCUCCUCUUUUACCGCCGAUCGAAGACCGGCGUCUCCACCGGGCGUACAUCGGUCCGCUUCAGAGACCGCCACUACUGGAUUUCCGCUCAAUGAUAUCGACUACGAAUCAAGCCCCGCAGCCGUAGCGCAGGAGCUGAGCAAUUUGCAAGCGAUCCGGCGGAUGUCGAUGGAUGUGAACGCGAUGGAUCCCGACCUUCCAUCCUUCAAUUCCGGGUUCAAGAUGCCCGCUUCCCAGGGCGAUGAUGAACAAGAUCCUUCACACAUGUUCUGGGUCCCUGCACGUGUUCACCCAGAGCUCGCCCCGAAAGAGUUCAAAGACUUCAUCGAUGAUCGAGUCAAAACACUCAAGCGGCGGUCCGGCGAUGAAAAUGAGGCUCUCCUCCCCCCUAGCCUUGAUCGAGCCGGGUCAGCCGGCGGGUUGCGUAGAAAGAAAUCCAUGUUGUCACGGCAGAUUGAUAGCGGGUCGGGGUAUCAGGAUGGGGCAGAGCGGUUGUUGAGGAAGCGAUCGCUUGCAUCUCAGAGGCAUCCCGACUCCGGGGUCAACCUGUCCACCUUGGAGGAACUGGUAUCUGACCCGGAGACGACCCCGAAGAGACGAAGCCUCGAAGACAACAGGCAGUCAAUGGAGUCCAUCAGCGAUGCUGGCAGCACCCCAGAGGAUAUGCCAGUACUGGCUGCCAAGCCAGUAGGCUCCUUGAAGCGGUCGACAAGGACGACAUACCGACGAGGUAGCUUGAAGAAGGGAGAGAGGGUUCCAUUCUCGAAACGAAUAGCAAGUCGACAUGGGGAACCGGAGAGGGAAGAGUCUCCCGUUUCAUCUCCUAUCGUUGGGCGAGAUGAAAUACCUGAAAUGCCUCUGAUCCCCGAGCUUCCGGAUUUUAAAGAGUUUAAGUUUUCAAGGUCGCAGACGGAGCCCAUAUCCUCAUCCAAACCGAUCGAAAACUUCUCGAGACCCUCACGGCGUGCCAUGUCUCCUCCCCUCCCCUCCACAUCACCUUCACCUCCACCGGAACACAGCGCAUUUUCGGACAUAGGACACAUCACCCACGAUCAGAAGCAGGAACAAACCCAAAGCGACCCGAGCCUGCAACAACGGCGUACCUCUCCUCCACAGAGAGCGUUCCAUUCGCGUAUUGCGUCCAAUGGAAGAACCUCCGCGCAAUUGCCUGGGUACAAUGUUCCUGACAUCGUUGAAACGCCUCCUCCAGAAUCAGAAGUCGUUCCGCAACAACAGUUCCAUCUCCCGGAAAGAAAAUCCUCUCACGAACCUCCACCAUCGAAGCCUCCGCAAGCACCAUUACCCAACCGGCCAUCUCAGCAACGUGCCCCUCCCGGUCCACCAACGCAACGCUCGCAGAAAGCUCAUAAUCAGACCCUCGACGAAAUGUCAUCCCAUCCAUCCCCGCUUCCCGGCAACAGUACGCGUACCGAUUCGCUUUCCUUUAUCCCCACCGUCGAGGAGAAAAAAUCGGAGAAGAAAGGCAAGGACAAGCGGGAGGUGUCAGACGGAAGUGGCAAGAAGUCAUGGUGGUCGUUUGGUGGAGAUGACAAGUCCAAGGACAAAGAUAAAUCGAAGUCGAAACUUUCCAAGCCUGGAAACAAGGACGACUCAACCCGUCUCGACGUGCUCCAAUCCUCCAUCGACAGCCGUGGCAGUGCGGUGCCCCCUGGGCGCGAAUCUCUGGUUCUCGAUCGUGAUUCGGUGAAGCUUGACGAGGCACGCAAAGAGACAAACCGCAAGGCGUCAUCCGAGCCUACCAAGAAGGAAAAGGAUAGCUCCUUAUUUUCUUCCCUUUUUGGAGGGUCCAAGAAGAAUAAGUCUUCCGGCGCUGACUCUAGCUCCAAAUCCAAGCAAUCAGCGUCCCGUGGCUUGUCUCCAGAUCCAACCCCCCGAAUCCUCCGACCUGAUAUUGACUACAACUGGACUCGUUUUUCCAUCCUCGAGGAACGCGCCAUUUACCGCAUGGCUCAUAUCAAACUUGCCAAUCCCCGCCGGGAGCUUUACUCCCAAGUCCUUCUCUCAAACUUCAUGUAUAGCUACCUCGCGAAAGUGCAGCAGAUGCACCCGCAGAUUCAGAUCCCGCAGAGUGCGGCCCAGAAACAGGCGCAGCGACAGCAACAAGAAGCGGCAAAGAAGCAGAAAGAGAAGGAGGAGCGAGAGGCAUUGAUGAAGAAGAGGGAAGAAGAAGAAAGGGAGCGGGAGCGGGAGCGAGAACAGAGAGAACGGGAGCAGAUGGAGCGGGAGCAGAGGGAACAGGAACUGAAGGAGCGGGAGCAGAUGGAGCUGGAACAAAGGGAACAGGAGCGACGGGCGGAGGAAGAGAGGAUGUUUGCAGGCUUUCGAGAGCAACAAGCCACUGCAGCUUUACCGUCACCCCCUCUCAACGGCCCCAAGUCACCCACCUAUGCCGAAUAUGACCUUAGCAACGAGCCACCUCCCGACGAGGAUCGUUACGCCACCCCAUCCCGCCACGAUUCUCGAGGUAGCAGCAAGCACACACAACCGUAUGCCUCAAACCACACCCAAUUCGACCGCAAUGGGUCGCACAAGUCGAACACCAACGCAUACCAGCAUUAUCAACCCCCGAACGCACACCACCAACAACACCAACACCAGCAAUACCACCAAUACCACCAACAGAAUCCGUAUGCCUAUGAUCGCAGUGAACAAUCAGGCGGUGCAAAUCAGGGCUACGGGAAUGGUAUGAAGCAGAACGGAUACACCGUUGGUGGGAGUGAACGCUAUCUAGGGACUGCAGGACCAGGUAGCUAUGGUGGGCAAGGCGGUGCAGUCGGAGGUGCCAACGGACAAGGAUACAAUGCGCAUGGCCAAAGAGAGGCGCCAUAUUUGCAGUUGAAACAUGAGUCGGUGCAGGAGCGUGGCCAGGGUCGGUUUUGGGGUGAAGGGUUGGAUUGAAGAGAUGUAGGGAGGAGGAUGAGCGCGGUAUCGACUGGCGUGUGUGAGUAUGCUUUGCUUGCGGCUGCUAGCUUGCCAAUGACCCUUCUAUAACCGGCCGAUGGAUUCUAUUUCUACCUUUUUCUUCAUUUUUUGGUGUUCUCGAAGACUUUCGUCAGCUUAAUACGAAGGAAUGAAUUGUGUUUUCUUUAUUUUGGGCCCAUAACAUACGAUUCGGGCAUUUAUUUGCAUGGAUGGGUCGCCAGGACCGUUUGCAAGUCUACGAAAUCUAUUUCUUGCAUUACUUUCAUUUGCGCCAGGAUGUCCCUUUACUGGUCUUACUUUCUAUGCCUUCUUCCAUACGGGGCUGGGUGCUCUGAAUUGUUGUUGAGCGGACGCGUGCUCCAGGCCCUAAUAACGGCGACGGGGUGGAAUAUAACAUCUCUGGUGGCUUGGUCGUUAGGGUACAGCUAGCUGUGUGCUUUCUCCUGGUGGGUGCAAGUGGCCGCACUCAAA